GAACAACAUUUCUUUGCCGAAAUCAAUCAAGCGGACUAUCUCAACGUCACAGAUCAGCGGCUGCAUCAGCUUCUACAGCACACAGACAGGGACGAAACUUUACAAGCGCUGAAGUCUAUUGUUCUAAGUGGGUGGCCUGAUGACGAGGAUGCGGCACCUGCAAUUGUGAAGGAGUAUUGGUCCUUCAGAGAUGAGAUCAGCAUUGUCAGUAUAGACGUAUUCAGCUAUGCGGGAAAAGAGUACCUGAUAUUAGUGGAUCGUUACUCAGACUUCUGGGAAAUUGAACUGCUUCCUGACUUAUCCACUGAAACUACAGUUAAGAGGUGCGAGGCGCAGUUUGCCCGUCAUGGCCAACCAGAUAAAGUGAUUUCUGAUAAUGGCCCUCAGUUCUCAAGCUUACAAUUCAGAAGAUUUGCCUUUGAAUGGGAGUUUGAGCAUGGUGAAGACCCGGAAGGCAUGAAAGUUGAGGGAAAAGAGGAAGAAGAAGAGACGUUGGUGAGUGGAGAUCAGCAGUACAAAGAGAAUGACGGCCCUCUGUGUUCUCGGGAUUUCUUCAAGAAAGAUCACAGCUGUACACGCCAGGAUCAGGGCGAAGAACUGAAAGACUUCAAAGUUGAGGUUAAAGAGGAAGAAGAGGAGACGUUGAAUGCGGGAAAUCUUUUAGUAAGGAAACCAAAUUUCUUCAACACCAGAAAAUUCACACAGUUGAGGAUCGUUAUUCAUGUUCAGAAGUGCGGGAAAUGUUUUACUCAGAAAGGAGCUCUUAAUAGACACCAGAGAAGUCACAGAGGGGACCGUCCUUAUUUAUGUUCAGAGUGUGGGAAAAGUUUCAACAACAAAAGAUUAAUCCUGUUACACCAGAGAAGUCACACUGGUGAGCGUCCUUAUUCAUGUUCAGAGUGCGGGAAAUCUUUUACUCAGAAAGCCACUCUUGUUAUGCACCAGAUAAUUCAUACAGGUGAGCGUCCUUAUUCAUGUUCAGAGUGCGGGAAAUCUUUCACUGGGAAAUAUUUUCUUGUUAAACACCAGAGAAUUCAUACGGGCGAGUAUCCUUAUAAAUGCUCAGAGUGCGGGAAAAGUUUUACUCAAAAAGGAAGCCUUGCCUUACAUCUGAGAACUCACACGGGUGAGCGUCCCUUUUCAUGUUCCGAGUGCGGGAAAUCUUUUACUCAGAAAAGAUGCCUGGCUACACACCAGAGAAUUCACACAGGUGAGCGACCUUUUUGCUGUUCAGAGUGCGGAAAAAGUUUUGCACAGAAAUCCACUCUUCUUUUACACCAGAGAAUUCACACGGGUGUGCGUCCUUAUUCAUGUUCAGAGUGCGGGAAAUCUUUCACUUAUAAAGCAACCUUUGUUAAACACCAGAGAAUUCACAAAGGUGAGACAUCUUAUUCAUGUUCAGAGUGCGGAAAGUGUUUCCCUAAUGAAGAAAGACUUGUCAAACACCAGAGGAAUCACACGCGUGAGCGUCCUUAUUCGUGUUCCGAGUGCGGAAAAUCUUUCUCUGUGAAGUAUUUUCUUGUUAAACACCAGAGGAUUCACACAGGUGAGCGUCCAUAUUCGUGUUUAGAGUGCGGAAAAUCUUUCACUGAGAAAAAUUUACUUGUUCAACACCAGAGUAUUCACACGGGUGUGCGUCCUUAUUCUUGUUCAGAGUGCGGGAAAUCUUUUACUCGGAAAGUAGACCUUCGUAAUCACAAGAGAAUUCACACAGGUGAGCUUCCUUAUUCAUGUUCAGAGUGCGGGAAAAGUUUUACUCGGAAAGGAAGCCUUGCUUCACAUCUGCGAAUUCACACAGGUGAGCGUCCUUAUUCAUGUGCAGAGUGCGGGAAAUCUUUCACUCAGAGACAUUCUUUUGUUAGACAUCAGAGAAUUCACACAGGUGAGCGUCCUUAUUCAUGUUCAGACUGCGGGAAAUCUUUCACUCAGAGACAACUCUUUGUGAGACAUCAGAGAAUUCACAAUGAUAAGCGUUCCUUAGCAAGUUGA